UCAUAUUUGGACGAGAAAGGGGUAAAGUUGGGGAGAUUACUGAAAUCUUCAAGCAUGACAACAGUGUUAUAGUGAAAGAUUUAAAUUUGAAGACAAAGCAUGUCAAGAGUAGAGAAGAGGGUGAACCGGGGCAAAUUAUUAAGUUGUCAUCCCAAGGGCCAACACAUGAUGAGAUUCAUUUUGAGUUUUUGCGAAACCUAAGUGGGGACCCUUAUAUUCUGCGCACAAACAUCUUCACCCAAGGCAAAGGUAACAGGGAGCAACAGUUCUAUCUCUGGUUCAACCCCACCAGAAACUUCCACACUUAUUCUAUCAUUUCGAAGCCCCAGCACAUCAUGAUGCAGACCUACGUUUUGGAAAAUAUUAAAAUAAAGAAGCACGGAUCUACGGAAGAUUUCUUGAGCCUUCCUUACAUUUGCACAUUGCUUAAUUGCUCCUUAUGGACUUACUAUGGAAUCAUAAAGGCUAGAGAGUACCUCGUGGCUACUGUCAAUGGCUUUGGCAUUGUGGUGGAGACAAUCUAUGUUAUUCUAUUUCUCAUAUAUGCUCCAAAAGGGAUAAGGGGUAGGACUGCCAUUUUGGCUGUGAUUUUGGAUGUGGCAAUUUCGGCAGAAGCAGUAGCUACUACUCAAUUAGCAUUGCAAGGAGAAGCUCGUGGUGGUGCUGUUGGUGUUAUGGGAGCAGGCUUAAACAUUGUUAUAUAUUUCUCACCUCUCUGUCAUGAUAUAAUUUGGAAAGUGACAUACCCUAAUUUCGUCUAGGGACGAUUUUUUGAUGGCAUGCAACCUUUGCUUGACCGCUUCGAGGAACUUGACACCCAUCGUUAAGUAAUCCGUGAAGUUCCGUGACAUGUCGGGACUCGAAAGGAAACAUUAUUGCGCAAUCUGUAAAGUUCCGUAACAUUCCAGAAGCCGAAGAAGGGGUGGUUGCGUAAUCCGUAAAGUUUCGUGACAUUACAGAAAGAAAACAAGUAUCGUUAUGU